AUGAGCGACAUCUUCUGUUCCACCCGGUGGCCGGGGACCAGGACGAGGCGGUGGCGGAGCAGCACGGCGGCGGCGAUGGACUUCAUCUGCAGGUACGCCAGGUCCUUCCCCAGGCAGACCCUCGGGCCGCCGUUGAACGCCACGAACUUGAACGACUCCGCCGCCUCGAACGUCUUCCCGUCCGCCGCCAGCCACCUCUCCGGUCGAAAGUCCAUGCAAUCACAACCCCACACUGACUUCAUCCUCCCGGCGGCGUAGAUGGAGUAGGUCACCGACGAGCCCCCCGGCACGAAAGUCCCGUCGGGGAGCACGUCGUCCUCCGCCGCCUGCUUCGAGUCCUCCGGCACCGAAGGGUACAGCCGCAGCGUCUCCGUCAGCGCCGCCUUUAGGUACACCAGCUGGUCAGCUUCCUCGUACCCCAGCGGCGCGUCAAACCACCGCGCGACGUCCCCGCCGCGGGUCUCCCGGAGGACGCUGCACAUCUCCGCCACGAUCUUCUCCUCCACGGCGGGGUGCCGGAUGACGAGCCAGAAGAACCAGCAAAGCGCCGCCGAGGAGGUAUCGCGGCCGGCGAGGAUGAAGUUGAGGGCGACCUGCCGGAGGAAGUCGUCGGAGUAG